UAUAUAAUGGAAUAAACGCAUAACUGUGCCGGCAAAAUUAUACUAGUGUUCCCAAAAGCAUUCAAAAAGCAAAGCGCUGAUGAUAGGGACAGUGGAAAUGUGCAGCUUUGAAUGCAGCUCAACGAGCCAGUCUACAGUCAGACAAAUCGAUGUCAGAAUUAAGAAAGGCUUUUAAUCGAGUACCGACGGGGUGGCUGGGAGAAAAUGACCUCUGGUUUAGCUAGUUCACGUUAACUUUGGCCCUUUUAAGUCGAUUUUUUUUUACAGUCGUUCAAUUGGCCAGGGUAAACCGGUAGGCUAGCGAACACACAGAGUUACAAUUAGGUAAUUGUGACGCCCAUGCUUUAUCCUGAAAGUUAUUGCACUUGAAUAGCGUUGUAUUGCAUCAGAGGUUGGAUGCUAGGUCGAAAUGCUGCGGUUUUCAUCCGGAAGGAAGAUGAUAUUUGGGCUUCCAGUGCGGAGAUGCAUCCAGCUGAAAUCCAGGUUACCUAGCUACACAACAGGAACCCCGCUGCUGGUUCCUUCCCCAUCCACCGCUUUAUUUACAUCCGGCAGCAGAUGUCGGAGCGUCAGGCCCGCGAGCUGGGUGACCUCUCGUCUGUGUCACGGGGAUUCAAGAGACGCCUCGGCGAAAGGCAUGAGGGCCCUCGCUCAGGCACCCAAACCGGCUCUGUACCUAGGAUUCUCAGGCCUCAUCCCGUUUCUCUCCGCCCCGCUGUUCAUGGCUGCCACUCAGUCCUUCUACCCGGAAGUAGCCUACACUCAGAUGGUGUACGGAGCCUCCAUAGUGUCGUUCCUCGGAGGGGCCCGAUGGGGCUUUGCCAUCCCCGCCGGCAGCCCUGCCAAGCCAGACUGGAUGAACCUGGGGAACAGCGUGGUGCCGUCGCUCCUGGCUUGGCUGGCGCUGCUCUGCAGGGACAAUGUUACAGAGGGAACCUUGGUGGUUAUAAUGGGACUGGGCCUGUCGCUGCAUUAUGACCUGACCCUGCUGCCGGGCUACCCCGCCUGGUUCAGAGCCAUGAGGACCGUCCUCACUCUGGUCGCCACCUUCUCGCUUGUUGCCACGUUGAUACUCAAAAAAGUCUGCGUAGAGAGGAAACUUAAGGAGGUGGAGAAGUGAAUUAUGGGAGUUUCUUUUUUUAAUUGAACAUAUAAAAUUAAAUACUUUAUGACAAA